CAACGGGAGAGGCCACAACAGUGAGAGGCCCGCAUACCGCAAAAAAAAAAAAAAAAAAAGUUUAGUGGGGAAGUUGGAGCUGGAAAUAAAAUUUGGGGCUUCAUCACCAUAUAGCUGGUAUUUAAAGCCAUAACAGCAGGUAAGCUCACUUAGGGAGAGUGAUACAGAGAAAAGAGGUCCCACCAGAGAGUUCUGGGGCUCCCAGCAUUAGGAACUAGCCAAGGAGACAGAAAGAGUGGCCAGUGAGAUGGGAGGAAAAAGCAGAGAGUUGGGGUGUUCUGGACGGCAAUGAGGCAGGUGCUUCAAGGAGGAAAGAGGGAGUGAUUAUGACAGAUGCCUUUGGCGGAGCCAGUGAGGUGAGGGCUGAGAAUCCAGCAACCUGGAAGUCACUGGUGACCAUGACAGAAGUAGCUGGCGGCCAAAGGGGACACGAUCGGAGGGGACAGGAGGGGAGAACUUCAGGACAGCAGUAUAGACAACAGCUAAGGAGUCCUGCUGUGAAGGGGGCAGAGAAAUGGGGUCAGAUGCAGAAAGUAUAGUAUGUGUAUGUGCUGGUGAGAACUGCUCUCCCAGAGAGAAGCCCGGUGAAGGGGGCAAGAAUGGAGGAUGCGGCAGGAAGUGAGAGGGAUGGGUCCACUGCCCCAGCAGGGGCGUGGCCCCAGCUGAGAGCAGGACAGUUCGGUUGAGCUUCCAGGGCCUCCCUCUCUUCUGUCUGCAGUGGCCCAGCGGGCUGAGAUUUCAGCACUUAAGGAAAUCAACCGGCUCAGGGCUCCAGAGAAACCAGACUGGCUGUGUCUCAGGAGGGAGGGCGAUGUCAGGGCUUGGCCUGGGCUUGGGGAUAAGGGGUGCCCACGUGGGUUACCCCUUCCACUUGACCCUCUGUUUCAACAAGGAAGUGCCCUUUUCUUUGCACAGGCCUCACCUUCCUCGAGAAAAGGCUACGAUGACUCCAAAGUUGCAGUAAUUGAAGCAGAGAAGAAAAGGCAACGGAGAGAGGCUGAUUUAGUCUGAAGAGGGGAAGUCUGAGCAGGGAGUAAAGGGGCAAGAGGUAGGAUUUUAGGGACAGUUUUUAUGAGAUAGGUAAUGAAUGGACAUCUGUUUUCUCCCAUUCCCAAUGUAAACUGAAGCAGGAAAAACUUUGGUUCAACAUAAUGAGGAACUUCCUGUGCUGGUUAGUGAGGACAGCAACAGGCCAGGUCCUCUGCCCUGGAUGUUUAAGAUGGGAAAGAACAAUGCCUUCUUAGAGACAGGGUGCUGGCCAGAUUGGCCCUUGGGGAUUCUCCCACCUCUGAGGUUUCCGGAAGAAGGCCAGGAUGGAGUUGGGACUUCCCAGCUACUGGAGGGGAGAUAGAGCAGCAAACCUUCUGGCUUGGGCCUCCCUCUUUCUCCAGGUGCCCUGACGAGUUGGAUAUGUGUGGUUCAAGCGUCCAUCUGCUGACCCAGACUCGGAGUGUUUGGGAAGGGCCCCUGCUCACCUGUAGCUUGUCCACUUGUGGCCUGGCACGUCUGCGGGUGUGUCAGAGAUCACUGGGCUUGGUGGGGUCUCCCAGUGCAGCUAAUGGUGGAGGGUGAAGGCUCUGUGCCAGAACUGCUGAGAAUUGUGGAGCUCCUCACAGCUGGUUGGCCACCUCUGGCUUCUGCCCAUCUUUUCGGGGGUUCCCCCGGGAGAGAUGUGGGAUCUGUGGGCAAAUCUAGCCCUGCCAGUCCUGUGCCACUCAGCCUUGCCUUCCUGCUCAAGGCCCGCCUGCAGAUGACUUGGCCAUGCCUACUCUAAGCCUAAUGAUCUUUGAUGGGGCGGGGAGGGUGGUCCAGGCUCUCCCGAUGCUGAGGAGAGAACAGCUGUCCGUCCUUAGGCAUCCUCUGAGUAAAAGGGGCAGGGAAUGUCCUAUCUCAUCUUAACUCUUCAACUUCUUUAAUUUCUGGCUGCACACAUGCCCUCCAGGCAUUGGGUUGGAAGGAGAGUGCUGACCCCAUUUCUGGGCUGUUUCCGGAGGGGUGGGUGGUAGUUCUUUUCCCCAGGACCUGGGCAGGGGUGGUGAUGGGGCUGAGAACCACUCCAGGGUCAAGCCCAGAGCUCUUCCUACCCCGUCCUAUUCUCUCCUCUCCCCUCUCCCCACCUCUCCCCUCUUGACUCCUCUGCUUGGCAGUGGGCUCAAGAAGGAGGCCUGCUUGGCCAGAGAGAACUAUUUUCCUUUCUGGUUUACGGUGGCCUCUGCACUGAGGAUGCCCUCCCUCCCAAGCUGCCAGACACAUGGGUAAGCUCGCUGCCUCAGUUUCCUCAUUUGGCCAGCGCAAGGCUUCCAGCCGAAGUGUUGGCAGCAUUCCGAGCUGGUGAUUUCUCCUUUCGCUUGCUUUGGAUGGCAUUUGAGGACAGGCGCAGGAAGUCCCAGCCCCACCCCUUCCCUCAGUGGGUUUUUGAUUCAUGGACAUUCCCACUGUACUUCCCCUUGGCCCAGCCCCAUGCCAAGCUUAGUGAUGCCAGGAUGAGUAAAACCCAGGCUUCCGCUUGGGCCAAGAUGGGAGUUAGACGCAUAAACAACCAAUAGGAAAUACACAGACUUUCCAAGCCCCUUGGCGUCUGCUCCUUUGAGUAUCCUGGAAUGUCCCAUUUUUGUAGAAAGAAGCUGGUGUUCCUCUUCUUUUUCCAUGCCUACCUCCUUUCACUUUCAUUUUCUGCGGGCACUGCCCCAGCUCACAGCCCUAGAUUCUGUGACUGUCGCAGAAGGGGCCCUGCUGAGAGAUUUUCUCUGCCGCGUGGGGACACUCCCAGGGCCUGAAGCUCCGUGAGAUCGCUUCCCCACAGAUUCCCAGGACCCAGAGUCUGAAGGCUGAGCCCAGAGCAAGCCAUCGACAGAGGCAAGAAGGCUCCUUGAUCUUGCCACAGUGAAGGCGAAUGGGUUGGCUGCCUUCCUUCUACAAUGUGUUCAGGAAUUACCUGUCCCAUUGGCCCUGCCUUUUGAAGAUGCCGCCUGUAAGAGGUACCUGUCCAAGCUGAGGACCAUGGUAUCGGCUCAAUCUCGCUUCCUGAGCACCUACGAUGGGACAGAGAGCCUUUGCCUGGAGGAAAUAUAUACAGAGAAUGUUCUAGAGAUCCGGACGGAGGCGGGCAUGGCAGGGCCUCUGCAGCAGAGCCCCGCCACGCUGGGCCUGGAGGAGCUUUUCAGCACCCGCGGCCACCUCAACGAAGACGCGGACACUGUGCUGGUAGUGGGCGAGGCGGGCAGCGGCAAGAGCACGCUUCUGCAGCAGCUGCACCUGCUCUGGGCUUCAGGGAGGGCCUUCCAGGAAUUUAUCUUCGUCUUCCCAUUCAGCUGCCGGCAGCUGCAGUGCCUGGCGAAACCGCUGUCGGUGUGGACACUGCUCUUUGAACACUGCUGUUGGCCCGACCUUGGCCAGCAGGACGUCUUCCAGGUCCUCCUCGACCACCCCGAGCGCAUCCUCUUAACCUUCGACGGCUUUGACGAGUUCAGGUUCAGAUUCACGGAUCGAGACCGUCACUGCUGUCCGACCGCCCCCACAUCUGUCCAGAGUCUGCUCUUCAACCUUCUGCAGGGCAACCUGCUAAAGAAUGCCCGCAAGGUGUUGACCAGCCGUCCGGAUGCGGUGUCGGCGAGCCUCAGGAAGCACGUGCGCACGGAGCUCAACCUCAAGGGCUUCUCGGAAGAGGGCAUCGAACUGUACCUGAGGAAGCGCCAUCGCGAGCCUGGGGUGGCCGAGCGCCUCAUCUGCUGCCUCAGAGCCACCUCGGCCCUGCACAGUCUGUGCCACCUGCCCGUCUUCUCCUGGAUGGUGUCCAAAUGCCACCGGGAACUGUUCCUGCAGGGCGGGGUGUCCCCGAAGACCACCACAGAUAUGUACCUGCUCAUCCUGCAGCACUUUCUGCUGCAUGCCUCCCCGCCAGACUCAGCUGCCCACGGGCUGGGAGCUGGCCUGCUUCGGGGCAGUCUCCUGACCCUCCUGCACCUCGGCCGCCUGGCUCUGUGGGGCUUGGGCAUGUGCUGCUACGUGUUUUCCCCCAGGCAGCUGCAGGCAGCACACGUCGACAGUGAGGAGGUUUCUCUUGGCUUCCUGGUGCAUGCCAAGACGGUCGUGCCUGGGAGUACAGCCCCCCUGGAAUUCCUGCACAUCACUUUCCAGUGCUUCUUUGCUGCAUUCUACCUCGCUCUCAGUGCCGACACGCCGCCAUCCUCGCUCAGACACCUCUUCAACUGUCACGGGCCUGGCUGCUCGCCGCUGACCGGGGUGCUGUCCAAACUGCGCAUGCGGGAUUCCGGGUGCAAAGAAGGCAGCGUGGCCGCUUUGCUGCAGGGGGCCGAGCCGCACAACCUCCAGAUCACAGCGGCCUUCCUGGCGGGGCUGUUGUCCCAGGAGCACCGGGGCCUGCUGGCCGAGUGCCAGGUGUCUGAGAAGGCCCUGCUCUGGCGCCAGGCCUGCACCCGGCGGUGUCUGGCCCGCAGCCUCCGCAAGCACUUUCGCUCCAUCCCACCAGCCGUGCCGGGCGAGGCCAAGAGCGUGCAUGCCAUGCCCAGCUUCAUCUGGCUCAUCCGGAGCCUGUAUGAGAUGCAGGAGGAGCGGCUGGCGCAGGAGGCUGUGCGUAGGCUGGACGUCGGGCAUCUCAAGCUGACGUUCUGCAGCGUGGGCCCGGCCGAGUGUGCUGCCCUGGCCUUUGUGCUGCGGCACCUCCGGCAGCCUGUGGCCCUGCAGCUGGACCACAACUCUGUGGGCGACAUGGGCGUGGAGCAGCUGCUGCCUUGCCUCCGCGUCUGCAAGGCUCUUUACUUGCGAGAUAACAACGUCUCAGACCGAGGCAUCUGCAAGCUCACUGAACAUGCUGUUCGCUGUGAGCAGCUGCAGAAGUUAGCUCUUUUCAACAACAAAUUGACCGACGGCUGUGCACACUCCAUGGCCAAGCUCCUCGCAUGCAAGCAGAAUUUCUUGGCUUUGAGGCUGGGGAACAACCACAUCACAGCCGCGGGAGCCGAGGUGCUGGCCCAGGGGCUCAGAGCCAAUGCCUCCCUGCAGUUCCUGGGGCAGGCAAGUUGCCCUCCAGCUCGGUUUGAGCCCCGAGUGGGACCGCGUUGCUGGAGACAUCAGCACCUUUUCCAGGAUGCAUUGGGAGCAGCACAGAGUCUAGGAAAGGGUGGCCACGGCCCCACCGAGUUCCUACUUGAGAUCACAUCUUGCACAUCGGGGGAUGUUUAUCUUUCAACACGUUAUUUAUUAAGGCUCUGGGGCAACCAGGUGGGUGACAGGGGAGCCCAAGCGUUGGCUGAAGCCUUGGGUGAUCACCGGAGCUUGAGGUGGCUCAGCCUGGUGGGGAACGACAUUGGCAGUGUGGGCGCUCAAGCCUUAGCAUUGAUGUUGGAAAAGAACAUGGCCCUGGAAGAACUCUGCCUGGAGGAGAACCAUGUCCAGGAUGAAGGUGUGUGCUGUCUCGCAAAAGGACUUGAGAAAAAUUCAAGUUUGAAAGUCCUGAAGCUGUCUAACAACUGCAUCACCUCCCUUGGGGCAGAAGCCCUCCUGCAGGCCCUUGAAAAGAAUGACACCAUCCUGGAAGUCUGGCUCCGAGGAAACACUUUCUCUCCGGAGGAAACUGAGAAGCUCAGCCACAGGGACACCAGACUCUUGCUUUGAUGUCUCCAGGUCAACGUUCAUCUCAGUUUGUUUGGGAGCAGGCCGUGGGUCUGGAUCCCAGAAACGGGAUGACAUCUGACAGCAGUCCACUCAGAUGGAACCUGGUCUUGCCCAGGGCCAGCCCAAUAGGUCACCUUUGUUCUGGCAGAGGAAGGCGCAUCAGUGCCCCGCAGAGCAGACUUUCCCAAAGCCUAUUUUUCCUGUCAAGUUCUUCCCAAGAUUCAAUCCUGGGAUGUAGAAGAGGGGCAGCCCCCCUCUACAUGAUGGGGCUGGUCUCGGGCCAACCUGACACGGGUCAGAGGAGCCACGGAUGCCACUGCGUGCUUAUUGGUGCAGAGAGCUCCACGUGAGGAGGGGCAUUCAGGAAGCAACUUUCUGCUGUGUUUCAACUCAUGGUCACCCAUUAGGUUGUUCUCUGUGUCUGGUUCCUCCACUCAUCCUGGACCCCUGUACAUGCCACUUCCUCUGUGGUUGAGGAUUCAGAAUACUGGCGUUCUCAUCUUUGCUCCUUCCGUUACACCCCAGCCCUCCUCCCGCCCUCCCAUUCCGCUCAACACCCCACACAUCCUGGAUGGGAAGGGCUUCAAUUUACCCUGCUCUCCUUCUGGUACUUAAGACAUUUUUGAGAAGGGACACAUGACAGCCAUGUGUUCCUCAAGACAUUCUAGAUUUUCAAGAAAAAUAUGACCACACUACAGCUGGUAUCACACCUGGACCUUUAUUUCCAGUGAAAUCAAUUACUCUUCAGUUAAACCUUUGGAAACCACUCCCCAUCCAAAUGCAGCUUUUUAAAAUUAAUCUGGGCCAGAGUUUUGAACAGCCCCACUCUGAUGCCUGUGAACUGAACUCUGGAAGCAGACUUCCAAAAUAUAUUCAUAAGAGACCGUUCAGUUUUAUAUGUGCCAGAAUGCUUUAGGAUGUAAAGUUAUGGAUCAAAAGUUUACAGGGCAAAAUCAACGGCCCUUCCUUAUAAAGCAAAUGUUUAUUCUGAAUUUUUCAAAAUGAUGCAUGUUGAAGCUUUUCUAAACUGUCAGGUGCUGUGCAAGUGUUAUUAUUUUAAACACUGUUAUCUGUGAAAAACUGGUUAAUAUUUAUAAACCACUUGGUUUUUUUCUCCCAAGUUUAUGUUUUUAUAAAAAAAAAUAGGGCCAUGAAUUUUAUGCCGCACAUAAUCACAGAGGAGAAAACUAUUGAGUCACCGAAGCUAUCUUUGUUGAGACCAAACAUUUAAAAAUAUUCCUGAACAUCGUCAAAUAUUAAAGCACAAUUUUCUACUUGAA